AUGUCUACUGAUCAGCUCUUGGAAUCUCCCGAAGCUGACAAGACGGGCACUUCGGAUAUGCCCGGUGCAGAAGUGGACGAUUCGGCCCAAACGGCAAAGUUCCCACUCAAUAUUAUCUAUGAGUUUCAGGAUUUGUUGAAUAACCACUUGACCGUACUGAAGGGUGCUCAGACUAUGGUGUGCUUGUACUUGUGCCAGAUAUUUUACAUUCAUUUGCACAAGCAGAGUGGCAUGGAAGUCAUUUCGGCCGUGGGAUUCAAUGUUUUGAGUGCCAUAGUUGCCAUGUACUUGAGCCACAGGUCGUUGUUAAGAAAGUACGAGGCGUCGCCAGAAACAGCAAUGUACCCCGAAUUGCCAUCUUUCAAUUCGCUCUAUGCAUUCUUUAUUCCGUACUCCUUUGUGGUCUUGUUGUCAGACCCAUCAGACCCAUUUUUCCAGGUAAACCUAUCCUUGACUAACUUCUCGUUGAAAAAUUUGCACCCGGUGGCGAAGGUAUUGUCUGCAUUCGUGUACAACUUCAUGUUUGGAGACUCAAAGACCUUGGACAUCAUCCAAUUCGGGCAAGUUGUGUGGAUAUAUUUGCUGGUUGAUUAUGCCUUGACCAUGUGGAACGAGGAAUGUGUCAGCGGCGAUGAUGACAAGACCCAUGUGCGCCGUACAUUGGAUGCUACCGAAAUUCAUCUUAUUGGGAUUUUCAUGGUCAACUUGCUCGCAAAUUAUAAAGUGCAUGCCACUAGUUCUAACUUGCCGAUGGUCAUUACCCGAGUUUUGACUAUCGCCUUGAUUGGUACUCUUGCUAUCUCCGCUCCAUUGUAUUAUGGAUACCUGAUGUUGGAAAAAGGUGUGGUCCGUUCAGUCUCUUCGCUCGCUGUGGUUUCCGUCUCUGGUGCAACGUUUUACUUCCUCACAAAUUACACGUUUCAGCUUUUUGUUGCGGAGCAAGAAGUUCUUCAUUGGUUGUUUGACUUCAUUACAAGCUCGAAAUUACGUCUUCAGCUACUCCAAGGAUGGUUGCUUGCCUUUGGCGUAACAGUGCCUGUGGUGUUUUUCUUGGCCGCCAGAGACAUCAUUUCUCUCAACCUUAGAAGAAAGUUAUGGCACUUUGCCCUUGUGCCUGCUUUGGCUUAUCCCGCUCUUGUGGCAGAACCGACGUUCUCUGCGAUUGCCGUCUUGGGCUCGGUGUUUAUUUUUGUGGCUAUCGAGUGCCUUAGGUGCACACGCAUUACUUUCUUGGGUGACUUCCUCUACCAUCUGCUUCGGUUGUUCCAAGACGAGAAGGAUUUGAAGGGUCCUUUCAAUUUAUCGUACAUCUUCUUGCUUGUCGGACUUGCUACUCCCAUCGCAUAUGGUGCGAUCAUUGACGACGUGGUAUCCAUGAGGUCAUAUCUUGGCUUGGUUGCUUUGGGCUUGGGCGACUCUUUUGCGUCUAUUGUUGGUAAGCGUUUCGGAAAAUAUAACUGGAAAGGUGAGUCCAGAACCGUCGAGGGCACAAUUGCUUACAUUGUGGUGAGUUUCUUCAGUUUUGUCUUCAUCGACUACUAUCUCUUGCCCGAGAGUGCUCGUGUUCAAAACUGGGAAAAUAUUGUCAUCGUGUCUCUAGUCGGCGGUCUUAUUGAAGGCUCGGCGUCUUUGAACGACAAUAUUUUGAUUCCUUGCAUGACUUUAAUUGCAUACGAACUACUCAACAAGGUUUUUUGA